CCCAUAUUAUUCAGUGCAUUUUCUCGAUUGGAUAUUACCUCAAUUUGCUUUUCGUUUCUGUUAAAGAUGAGGCUUGAAUUCAUCUCUCUAAUUCGCACUUGAAGGGUUUCUUAGUGGCAUUUCCUUAAUUCUCUUUCAGAAAUUUCUUUACCAUCCGCUGCAGACUUCAGAAUUCCGGUCGCCGCUCUCCGCCGUCCGAUUGACAAUCGGAGGAGCAUAAAAUUCCACUCCAAGGUGAAGAAAAAUGAGAGAAUGGUGGUUUUAACUACUAAAUGGCUUGGGCAAGGAAAAGGCUCGUUUCCACUGCUGGCAGCCCACAAGUUUAGUUCACCGAGGAAGAAAUUUGAAGUGAUUAAGCUGUCCAAAGCCACCAAUUCUGAGACUAAUACCAAAAGGGCAAACUUGUCUGUCACAAGAAGGGAGAAGAUCAGAUUGCCCAGUUACAGUAGCCGCAGCGGCAGGAUAUAUCAUAUCAGAGAAUUCCUGAAUCACCCUUCAGGAAUUGAAGCAAUGCUUAACAAAAAUGCCUUGAGAAGUUUCCAGUUACUUGAUGCUAACACAUACAGAUGCACUCUGCCUAAAUUGCAACUUUUGAACUUUGAAGCUGCCCCUACACUGGAUUUACGAGUGAUCCCGACAGACAAAGAUUUUACCGUUGAGAUGCUUUCUUGCAAGUUUGAAGGUUCAGAAUUGGUGGAACGCCAAAACGAGCAUUUUUCAGCCUUGAUGAUUAAUCACUUGACAUGGGACACAGUCGAUUCAAAUUCAUAUCUGGAAGUUGAUGUGAAGUUAAAUUUGUCUCUGGAGAUUUAUACACUUCCCUUCACUCUGAUGCCUACUGCUGCAGUCGAGAAUCCAGGGAAUUUGAUGCUACAAGCUCUAUUGGACAACCUUGUACCUCUGCUGCUGCGGCAAUUAGUGCAAGAUUAUGAAAAAUGGAUCAGUCAGCAGUUAGAUCAUUCCCAACUCUCCAUCUCUUGAUGCUCUGUAAAGUUAAAAGGGAAGCUUUCUUUUAACCAAAAGAAGAAAAAAUUAUGGGGAAGUGUGUUUUACACUGUACAUUUCUACAUUGUACAAUAUUUACCUCAGCUUGGGCCCCAUCUCCCAUGCGGCUAUGCCUGAAAGAGGGAAGUAAAGUAGUCAGUUCAAGUCACAAGAUAGGGAAAGGUUUAGGGACCUUGUUUGGUUUGUGAUUCAAAAAAAACAAAGAAUUUAAUGAAAAUUUUAAUUUGUAUUCAACAUUUUGGAAAAAUUACCUUUUUAGUCUAAGUUUUCAACAAUAUAUACAUUUGGUUCUUAAGUUUUUAAAUGUCCUUUUUUAAUCUACAAGGUUUUGAAAAUAGAUUUAAAAAGCCAUGUAAUAAUUCUUAAUUAUUUGAAAUUUGAAAAGAAAAGUAAAAGAAAAUUCCUCUCUCUAAAAUUAUCUUUCAAACUUAUUUUUUAAUUCAAAAUGUCAUAUAAUCUCUACUAUAUAUAAAAGAGGCAAAGUGGGGAGAAUCUUUGCCCCUCAUUUUUUAACAUAUAACCAUUAAACCCUUUAAAUAUAAUGCGUAAUAUCUUUUAUGAAAACAAUAUUUAAAUAAUAUCUAUUUAUGACAUAAGUAAAUUUUAUACACAAACUAAAAACUUUUUAGUCACUUGAAUUUAACCUACAAGAUUUUAGGUAUAGGUUUUUUUCUUUCUACAUAACUUUCAAAGACUAAAGCAGGGCUAUGGAGGAAAUUUCAUCUUCCUAUUUUUUCUUAAACUUUUUAUGAAAUUAUGUUUUUUUCCUUCUCUUCAAACAAUUGUAACAGAGAUAUUCAUUGAGAGAAUUUGAAAUAAAAUUCAUCAUUCCAUGUAUGAGAGUGAUAGCACCAUAAAAAUGCUAUUUUCAUUUCUUAAUUCGGACUCGUUCGUGUAUUUUACAUGUUUAUUAUACUGUUUUAUAGGUAAUUGGGCAACUGAGGGACAAUACGGACCAUCGAAGUCAAAAUGGGACGAAAAUGAGUCAAAACGAAGCUCCGGAGCAUCAACCAUGAAAAGAAUAAGGAAAAUGACCGAGUAAUGUGUUAAAUAUGUUAUUUUAUAGGUAUUGAGCACUUUAGGGAGCAAUAGAGUUGAAACGGACCAAAUUGGAGCUUUAACAAAACAGCUAGGUCAAAAGGAAGACAAGGUGCACAAAAUUACAAAACUGCCACAGGGCAAAGCGCAAAGUUGUGCUCAAAGGUAGAAUCAUGCCUAAAUAGAGCGCCUCGAAGAGCGCAGCUACACUCUAGGUUGACGCUACGAUAAGAGCGUCGUUGCACUCUCCAACAGCGUAGUGGCGCUCGACCAUUUUUAUAUAAGUGUUUUCUCCAAAUUUUAGGUCAUUCUCUUCGGACUUUCAGCCCCCAAUAUGAUUUUCUCUUCUCUUCUUCACAUUUCCUUUGUAAUUCUUCAUUCUUAGAUCAAUUUUAUGAUUGUAAAGCUUAUCUUGGAUCGAUUUUCUGGCUAAGGUAAGUAGCUAACUUAGGUCUAGGUGAAACCCAUUAAUCUAUUGUGAGGAUUCUGUCUAAAUUUAUA